AUGGACUUCUCCUACUUCACGUCCGCCCCUCAGCCAUACCAGUUCUUUGGAUUGUCUCCAUCUCCCUCCACAGCCCAGGAUAACCAGCUGGCCGAGUUCCCGCUGGACCCAUCGAUGGGUCAGUACGACGCUGCCUUUGCCGCAGUUCAGCCGCGCUUCCAUUAUGACCCCUCUACAUUCCUCGCGCAGCCGCAUCCUACGUCCGCGCAGGAGCAGCCAAGCUUCUUUCGCGACUCGGUGACAACUGUACCUGAGAUGGAUAUGAAUAACCUCACCGCGCUGGAUUUGGCCCCCGACGAUCCGGCGCUAGGCAGGAGCAGCAGUGAAGAGAAAGACUCCACGACGACGACGCAACAAAGCAAAAGGAAGGAGCAAAAUCGAGCAGCCCAGCGAGCGUUUCGAGAAAGAAAGGAGAGGCACCUCAAAGAGCUCGAAGCCAAGCUCAACCGCCUUCAGCACCAGUCUGUCGCCUUGAACGGUGAGAAUGAACGGCUACGCCGCGAACUGGCGAGAAUGGCGACCGAAAAUGAGAUCUUACGUGCGACGUCUGGCCCGGCCUCCAACGGUCCGACGCCGUUCUUGGAGCAGCCCGACGAAUUGGUCGGGCCGCUGGGGUUUGUGCCCACCGACCGUCUUCAUUCUAAGGAUCAUUCGCCUGCCGAUAGCACCGGUUCUACGUUUGAGCCUGGUUCAAAGUAUGCCCAGUUCGGCACGCCGCGAGCCAUUCCCGUCGAUCGCGAAACCGGCGAUCAGCUGCUGGGUGCUGGAGCCACCUGGGACUAUAUUCAGGCGCAUGAACUGUUCCGGAAUGGGUUGGUCGACGUGGGCGACGUCUGUGAGCGCCUGAAGAAGAUGGCGCGAUGCGAUGGACAAGGGCCCAUCUUCUUGGAGAGUGAUAUCCGAAAAGCAAUCGCCGAGAGUGCCGUCGCCGGCGGGCGAGAUGAGCUGAUCUGA